UACCCGCACGAGUUUACGUCAAGCAGCCGCGGACUCGUGGUCAACUUUCCCCAACGCACAGGCUCAGCCGUUCAUUCACACCUUCCACUGGCUUUGGAUCGACCUCGCUAUUCCUCCCAAAUUUCACGCUUGCGAAUUUGGCUGUUACUUUGGCCUGUCACUGCCCAUCAUCGAGUCGGAUAUACUCAUCAGUGCAAGGAGCUCCGUGCGCCCGCGACCGUUUCUUGUGCAAGUGGUUUCGCCUUUCUAAUUGGCAUUGGCAACUGGCGGCCGCCUUUGAUCUGGAUCGCUCCAACAAACUCAACCCCUCUCGAAAGAAGUCACGGAAGUCAGCGGGUGUAAAGUCCAUCUGGGAAGAAUCCUACCAAGCGGAAGCAGGACGAGGAGAGUCUCGGAUUCAGUGGUCACUUUCUCCCUGCGUCAUAGUGACAGUGAACACCUCUUUGACGUUUGUGGCCUCUUGUCGCCGGAAUUUGCAAGGAUUUUCUAAUAGCAACUGACAACCUGUCGGGGCCCCAGGAAGUGCCGAGCAGUUCCUAAGGCUGCAAACAUUUGCAGUGCUGAAAGCUUUCACAACUCCCGGAAAGUCGAAGACUGUUGGGGAGAGUAAAUUGACAGUUUCCUGGUCGCGUGCUGUGGUUGCGUAUGUGGUAUAAGCACAAUCCCGUUAAGGCCGGGACGCGGUAGUGUUGGUGUGUGUUGGACCGUUCUGUCAAACAAGGUGGAGUCUAACCUAAAAGCGGAGGAAUUUUCGCGUUUUUCCUUGAAGGUGACGACUUGGAGUUGGAAUUCUCGGAAGAUCCCAAGGAGACUCUGAUCGGCCGCAACCGAGAAUACGUGAAAACAACGGCCGUGAACUUGAACUUGCGUGUUUCAGUCAUCAGACAAACAUUUCAUCCAGUGUUUUCCGUGAAAUCGAGUGCGCGAAAUCUGCGGUGCAAAGGGGACUUGGUUGGGCAGUUUUCCGUGCUGACAUUCUUGUUUGUUUCCCAAAUUAGCAACGAUACCUGUGGCCGUUCUCAAAUCCGUCCGUACGUGCGUCGUGUGGAGACCAACAAAUAGUUCUUUUGCCAUUCCGAUACGAAAGCAGUGUUCUAGCGUCCACUGGAAACGGCGGCUGUGACCAAGUCGGUGUGACCCAAUUACAAGCCGCGCCACCGCCACUUUUGAGUCCCCAUAAACUGUUGAUCGGAGCGGAUGCGCUACAGUGAAGCAACCACGGAGUGACCGAACUGGUUGGACGGAAAAAUUUAUAACCUAUAUCAACAAAUCGUAAUUUGAGGAAGCAUGGCGCUCAUUCUACUACAUGACAUGUACGACUGGUAUAGAGACUUAAUGGACAAUCGCAGCGAUCCUCGGGUCCGCGAUUGGCCAAUGAUGUCUUCACCGUUCCCAACACUAGCAUUAUGUGUCUUUUACGCUUACUUUAGUAAAUCUUUAGCACCAAAGUUUAUGGAAAAGAGAAAACCAAUGGAUCUUAGAAAAAUUUUAGUUUUUUAUAAUCUAUUUCAAACUAUUUUUAGUGCAUGGAUAUUUUAUGGGUAUUUACAAAGUGGAUGGUGGGGUCAUUAUAGCUUUAAAUGUCAACCUGUGGAUUAUUCGAGAAGUCCUCUUGCAAUGCGGAUGGCUCGCACCUGUUGGUGGUACUACAUAUCUAAAUUCACAGAAUUUUUUGAUACGCUAUUUUUCAUUUUGCGAAAAAAGAAUGAACAUGUAUCAACAUUGCAUGUCAUUCACCACGGCUGCAUGCCAUUUUCAGUUUGGAUGGGCAUGAAAUUUGCACCAGGGGGGCAUAGUACGUUUUUCGCGCUACUAAACUCAUUCGUUCAUAUUGUUAUGUAUUUCUACUACAUGGUAUCGGCGAUGGGUCCAAAGUAUCAGAAGUUUAUCUGGUGGAAAAAAUAUUUGACAACGUUCCAAAUGCUUCAAUUUGUGGCAAUUUUCACUCACCAAUUUCAAUUGCUCUUCAGGGAAUGCGACUAUCCAAAAGGAUUUAUGGUUUGGAUUGGUCUUCAUGGAAUCAUGUUCUUAUUCCUAUUCUCAGAUUUCUAUAAAGCGAAAUAUAUAAAUGCAUCGAAACGAUUGCAUGCAAAACAAAACGGAACGGCCAAGAGGGCGGCCGUGGGGAAUGGAACAGCAAAUGGCUCCACAAAAUAUAUGAAUGGCAAUAGUAAUGGUGGAGCGUGUAUGCCUGUUGAGGAUGAUGGAGCUCGCACCAAGUUAAAUGGCAAAGUUAACGGUUACAAGAACGGAGCAGCGAACGGUCACCUGCACAACACAAAUGGGCAUGUAUCCAACGGGAGUGCAUCUAGUGCCAACGGGUUACACCAUCGGCAAGUCAAAUAACAACACGUACCUUAUUUAGGCCUUCUUUUUCGCUAAUAUAUUUUUAUACAUUUUACUAUGGAGGGUCGAAAAUGUAGAACAUCGAUCAGAAAUAGUUCAUAUAAUAUAUAGAGCGCUGGAAAGAAAUCAAAAAUAAAUUACCUUAGUAAUAUGCAAAAUGGUGGAGUAAAAAAAUGAAAAUCAAAAUUUGCAUCAUUCACUGUCGCCUUUGUAUUUUUAAACCAUAAAUUAUUGAGUUAUUUAAAGGUUAAAUUAUCCGAUAUAUUAUUAUUACUGCAAUUGGUCUUUAAUUUUCAUAGAUGUGUAACUUUAAAAUUAUUAUCUGAAUUAGAUUCUAAGGCUUUAAUGAAUCAUGCAAAAAUAUGCUGUUCCAGGAAACAAUGAAAUAUGUUUUUGUUGAUAAAAAUGUCGUUUGUUCGUUUUACCGCUACAUAUUAAACUAUACAUUUGUAAAAUGUAAACUUUUCCAAAACAAUUCUAUGUGAGAAAUACGAAAAUAUGUAAAAAUAGCGAAAUAGAAGGAAGGGUAAAAGCGUCGCAUUAAGGAAUUAUUUAAGAGCCCAGGCGAUAUUGACAUUUCUCAUGUAAUCAUCAAUAAUUUCAUGUAGACUAAAAGUAGUUACCAAAAAAGAAAAUGUCAAAGUUUUCGAUUUAUUUUUUGGGAUGAAUUUAUAGCAUCUUUAUACAUUUUGGAUAACAUGGAAGUUUGGAUAAAUAACAUAAGAGGACAAAAAACAAAAAAUGAUUAUAUAAAUGAUAGGAAAUAGAAUACAAAAAAUAUUUAUACUUUGUAAUAUACACCUUUCUAAACUGCAAUAAUGUGAUGGAGCAACAUUUUAUUUUUUACUCUUUUAUGUAUGUGUAUGAGGCGUUUUGUCUGUUUUGUCUAUGAGGUUUACUUGUAUAAUAUUUUCCAUCGCCUUUAUCAUUUACUUUGUUUUCCUUUUUUGAAUCGUCUACUUACUGCUUCGUUUAAUGCACAAUACACGAUUAUACUGCCUUGUGUAUAUGUUGAAAGUUACUGAACAUAAAGUUGAAAACCAAUUUCAUGUUAGUACAUUUCCAUUGUUGAAUAAGGGACAUGAAAAAUUCUAAGAUCAGCUAUUGUUUAAUUAUUGCAUUUUUCAUAUAAACUACUAAUAAAGAAUUUCGGACAAUCUUUGAA